AAUCGAACGAAAACAAAAGUUACUGGACGGAAUUUCUUCUCGUUCUGGUUGUUAUAAUUCCCGUUUGUAUUAUUAUCAUAUGGUGGCGCUUAAAGAAAGUUCUCAUAGAGCAAAUGACGACUAUAUUCAAGAAGAAGGUGGUGCUAUUGAGAACAAUUUGUAUCAAGUGGCAAAUGAUCUAAUACAACAACCAUCAGUAUCUAGUAACAGAGAGGACGACGCCUAUUCCAGUAUCGACAGACGACAGCAAGUUGUACAUGAGCAAAACGUGACAUACCAGAUUUCCAAAAGAGAUCAAAAAGAGACCCAAGACCAGCAGCAACGUAGUAUGAACAAUGGUUUGGAUACUCAGAAUCUUAAUUAUGUUGAAGUUAUGUUUGACAAUACAACCAAUAAUGGAGCAUUUUGCAUACAUGGAGCUGAUACAAGAACUCCAUACGCUGAUAUUGAUUUUUCAGCAAAAGCAGACCCUUUGAUUAUUUUGGAAGAGAAUGAAGAAAGUCUGUCUUCACACAGUGUAGAGAAUGACGAUUUUGUUUCUUUAGAGGAAGUGCAACAGUGGAUGAUUUCCAAGGAAUAAAUAUCUUCCGUACGAUUAAUACAGGUAUUGGUCAGCAAAACUAAAAACAAACAGCUUUGCAUCCAGGAAAUUUAUAAAAUAUUGUUAUCAUUUUUUAAUGAAACUGUCUUACAGCCUUUGCAUGUUAUGACAGUGUUUAGUUCCUAUUUUGUUUUUAAAUCGAGUGACUUGUACAGGUUAUCCGUAGGAAAUCAUUUAGUAAUUUUAUUUUUUGUUUAUCGUGUUGUUACCUCAUAAUCCUAACAAUAUUAUGACUUUGAUCUUAAUUAUUGUGUGGGUUCUCUAGUCAAAUAGAUGUUGACAUUGCUUCAUGCGUUGACAAGUAUCCUUUCGUGUGCUCUAGUUUUAGUGUUACAAUGGAAAGUACCAAUAACUCCUUAAUAUGCUUCAUUACACAUUUUUAAAACAUGAAGACCUUAGCUUGUUUUGAUGAUUUGUUAUGGUCCCUUUCAGUUAUAUAACAAGUCAAUUGUUCAGGUACUUAUACAUCCUUAGAUUUAACAGUUUUAGGUCUAAGCAAUUCUGAAGAUUGUGUAAUAUAGGAAAGAUCUUCGGAUGCACAUACUGUAUACAUUAUGUUAAAAUUUAUCUUAUCCUGCAAUUAAGUGUCUAUAAUAUCAUACAGCCCAACAGAUAUCGCUAUGCUGUAUCUGUGUACUAUACAUAUAUCGCUUUCAUGCUCCGCCCACUACCGGACUACGUUUGUGUUUUGCUGUUGACGAGUGUUGUAUGAACCUGUGUGACCUCAUAAUGUGUAGUGCAGUCGCAUUCCAACGACGUAAUGCUUGACCUUAUGUGAACUAAAGAUUAAUUAACGCAUUUCUGUAGAGCAAUAUGAAUAAAAUCCAUUUUCUGCUAUAAGACAAACAUGAAUAGCAUGAUUAACUCCAUUUUUUACGGCGCCAAACAUCGAGUGAAUGUGAACAUAUGUAACACACAAAAACAACCAUGCAACAAUGUCAAUUUCAGCAUGUAAGUGAAUGUCACGUUCAGUUCAAAAUUUUGAAGCGCAGGACAAAUCAGACACCUUUGAUUUAAAUCGGACUAUGUUUUGUUAUUUAUUUUCACUGUCAAAAUAAGUUGUUAUGUUAUAAUAAAUUACUGUUUACUUUGAGCGAUGUAUUAUUGUUGACCAUUCGAGAUUCUUUCCUGCGAACCCGUCACCAUCUGAAUGUGCGAUUUUAAUAUUACUACGCGGGCCUCAAAGGGUUUUAAAUACAAAAUAAAUGCAAUAAAUGUGAGUUUUUCUGUCUUUUAAAGCAAAAACAAGAUAUAAAAUGAAUUGCAGGAUAAAGAUAAUAACUGGUUAGUGUCUUUAAAUAUCAGCUGUAUUUGUACUCG